AUGCCUUUCAGCUGUAGAUUUUACAAACAUAAGUACCCAGAGAUUGACGAUGUAGUGAUGGUCAAUGUUCGAAGCAUCGCGGAGAUGGGAGCUUAUGUCAAUCUGCUCGAAUACAACAACAUCGAAGGGAUGAUUCUUUUGAGUGAGUUGUCGAGGAGGCGAAUUCGUUCAAUCAACAAGCUUAUCAGAGUCGGUAGAAACGAAUGUGUGGUAGUCAUUCGUGUCGACAAGGACAAAGGUUUGUCGCUUAAAUAAUUGUCAGAAUUAUGCCGACGCUCUCGCGAUCUUGAUUUCCACUUACAGAUAAUAGUAAGCACUAAUGGUCAGGUGCACGUCUUUAAGCUUAGCCUACAAAUAUUAUUGUAAGCUCACAUUAAAAAGAGUUUUAAUUGACGCUAAAACUGGUGGAGACAACAAUAAUACACUUUUUAAUGAAAGAGAAACACAUUAACUGUGUUAGAGUGGUGACCUUCAUUUAAAAACUUCAGAAUAAGGCGAUGGUAAGAAAAAGUAUAAGACUUAUUGUACUAAGCUUAUAUUAAUUAUUAUUAUUAUCAUUCAUUCGAAAUACUUCUCCCUAUCUGACUGACUCAAACUCCCUGGCUAAUUCCUCAUAACCAGGCAGCAUUGACCCAAUUUCGAAGGCUAAGUUGGAUACCAAAUUUUGCAGAAAAUUGUGUCAAUGUUGCGGAACAACCUACAUAAAAAGGCAUGGCAACUGAGAAGUCUUGGCAGUGAGAUUGCAUUGUUUUGGUAGAACUAGCAAAAAAAUGGCCUUGGUGGAAGACUACCUUGUCUCGUCCUCAUUUAAUAAUUUCUAAAUAUCAUUACUAAUUACUAGUUUUAGGACCGUACUAAGUAAAGCCCGGUAGGUUAAUUACUGGUUUAACCUGAGAACUGAUUUGACCUUCAACAUUCACAGCAGAGAGGCUGAGCAAAUUUUAAAAGAAGCAAAUACUGUAUUUGCUUGAGUGAGCACCUGGGCACUUAUUUAAAAUGACAACUAAAAGGAUGGGCGCUUUUUGAAAGGAGGACUCGUAAUCAAGUGGGGCAUUUAUUAAGUUUUUCUUUCAACAAAGUGUAACAAUGUUUUGGCCAAAUCUUAACAGUCUUAUGUUUGUUAUAACAGAAGUCAUAAUCAAGCAUACCAUAGUCCCAUUGAACACUUAACACAGAAAUGUAUCAGUAUGCAUUGUUUAUGUCAUCAUCCUUGAAUCCUUAUCAAUAAUAUGCAGAUAUUCACAUUCCUCUUGUAUCCCUAAUAUUGUUUUAAGAAACGUAUGAGGAGGAGAGGGGGGGGGCCUUAUUCGAGGGGAGUGUUUGUUUGAUAUUAUAGCCUAGCGGAUGGGCGCUUAUUCAGGAGAGGGUGCUUAUUAGAGCCUGGGCGCUUAUUUGAAGAAAUAUGCUAAUUAAAAAUCAACAUAAUGGUGUUAAGAAUUCCAACUGGCAGGAAACAAACCAGUUGGCUAUUUACAAGCACCGCCAAAGAUUUAAACUUGGAACUGCUGAGAAAAACUUUGGCUUCUGGUCAGAAUGGCAACUUUUGGCAACUUGAUAUUAGAAGAUCCUGGAGCAUUAAAUUUUAAAGUGGAGAAAAAUUUUAGGUUAUGACUGGAAUACUUUGCAGGAUACAUUGAUUUGUCAAAGAGAAGAGUUUCCCCCGAAGAAAUCAAGAAAUGUGAGGAAAAGUUUACAAAAGCGAAAACAGUAUGUGAUGCAACUGAUGUAUUUACUUUUAUUAUCUGUAUUUCAUCUAUUUUUAUAAAUACAUGAACAGGGUUCGUAUGAUUCUUGAAAAUCCUUGAAAACCCUUGAAUUUUAAGAGUCCUUGUUCAAGUCCUUGAAAGUCCUUAAAAUUCUCUUUCGUUCAUUUUGGUUCUUGAAAGUCCUUGAAUUUUAAUGGAAGAACAUUUUGAUAAGAAGCAUCGUCACUAUUAUUACCUUGUUCGUUUCGGAAGGUAAUUCUUUGAUAAGUACCGGUACUCACAAACAAAUUUUUAUAAAAAUGGUUGCCAUUAAGAAAAAAGGCCCAUUAUUAUCAGGAUAUUUUUAUAGUUUAUUUGGAACCUGUGUUAAAAGUAAUAAAUAAGGUCCUUUAAAUUUAAAAAAGUGGUCCUUGAAAGUCCUUAAAAAGUCCUUGAAUUUUAUGGCAGAAAAAGUGUAUGGACCCUGAGGAAUUAUACAUACAUUGAAACGUUUACUGAAAUUCAUUUUAAAAUGGCUUGAACUAUCUUAGUUUGAUUCUCCUUUCCUUUUGUCUCCUAGCCCUAAUAAAGAAUUAUUCACGAUUAUGAUUAAAUAGGGACGGAACAGAUUGGGGUCGGAACCAAUGGAAGAUUGCCGAAUAGCUAGCACUAGGCUGAAACCACGUGUAUCUUUAAAAAUCUGAAGUCAUUUUUGGAUUUAAAAAAAAGACUGUAUAUGAAGUUUUUUUUAUUCAAAUAUUUGACAGAUAGCAUAGGCUAUUUUCUAAGUUAAAAAAAAACAAGGUUUCAUGACUGAAAAUAAGUUUUUUUACAUCAGAAAAAAAAAUGUUAACAAGAGCCAACUAAUCUUCUGGAACAAUUUUAGAUCUUAUCUUCUUUAAGUGCAAUAUUUAUGAGAUUCUGCUAAUUGGAACAGAGACCAACUUUGAACACUCAAAAACAAUUCAUUCCAGUGAAACUCUUUACCUGGUUAUUUCAUCCUUUUGUACUUCAAAUUUUAAUGUUAUAUUACACAACAUUUGUUUUCUAUAUAUCUAUUGUCUAUAGUCUUUGUUCUUUUGCAUUUUGAUGAUGUUGGUAUGCCGUUGCCAAAACACGUGUUAAUAAUGUUGUUUAUUAUCAUUAUGAUAAUAAAAACUUUUACUUAUUUUUUAUCCAAGACCUCGCACUUACCCAUAUUUUUGAAAAGGAAGCAAGCUGAGGAUAUUUAAAUUGGAAAUGUCCUAUUUUUGUCUUAUAAGCAAUCUUUAUAACAGGGCUGUACUAUGAAGAUCUCAAGUUAUUGAGUGUGCAAUUUGUAAGCACCAGAUAGAGAAUUGAAUUAUAGGAAGUUCUGGCCCGAGAAAGCAGCUGACAUUUGGCAACGCUACCACUGGUUUCCUGCCAAUGAAGUCUGAGAAACGAGCACAGAAAUUCCAUACUGGUGAUGCAUGACUACCCAGAUCUGGGUAGUGUUUUUGAUUGGUCGUGCCGCGUGGGAAAUUUGAUUCAACCAAUCAGAAGCACUACCCAGAUCUGGGUAGUGAUGCAUCAUCAGUAUGGAAUUUCUGCGCUCGUUUCUCAGACAUCAUUUGGCGGGGAAACCAGUGGUAGCGUCGCCAAAUGUCAGCUGUUUUCUCAGGCUAAGGAAGUUCUUUUGGUUCUGUUUUCUUUUGUUUCCUAUGAAAGUACCUAGGGUCAUACUUAUAGUGUUAGGGAGAAAUCCUUAGCCCACAGACCUUGGUGACAGCCAUGCAGUUGUAAUAUCUGCAUCUCAUUUGAUUUUUGUUAUUAAAAAAAAGACAGUUAUGUGUUUUGUUCAGGUUUACAGUAUUUUGAGACACUGUGCAGAGAUUUUGGGAUAUGAAACAGAUAAACAGCUGGAGGAACUUUAUGAGAAAAGUGCUUGGUAUUUUGAUGAAAAGUACAAGUCUCCAGGAAGCUCUUAUGAGGUUUUCAAAUUAGCUGUGGGGUAAGUAUCUUAAUUAAAUAAGAAUUUUGAAAAUAACUACAUUUACUGUAAAUGUAUAUCGUAAAUUUACUUGGACCAUGACCCCAGAAUAAAAUUUUCUGGUUUUUGAGUCAGUAGAAAACAUCUUACAAUAAAUUAGAUUAUUUUAGUGUUUGCCAAGAGAAGGCACUGCCCCUUGAUUAAAACUGUUCAAAAAUAGUACAAGAUGUUUUGCUUACUGUCAAGAAGUUAGAUCAUUUGUUUAAGUUCCGAGCAUAAAACAUGAGUUUGAGAGAUAAGAGUCAUUGCCUUAAAUACAUGUAGGUGCUUUUAUUUUCACAACUUGCAAGAAUUCCAUUUUAGAUACAUGUAGGCAUUUCCAUUACAUUCUCCCCCACAUGCCACUUUAAACUUGUAAGGUUAACAGACACUCUCUUGAAGUCUGUGACAGUUGUAUUGUAAAGCUAAUAUACUGUAAACUUUAGUUGUAAGCUUCCCUCCCCUCCCUAGCCCCCCACGCAGAGGUUCUUAGGGGUUCGUCACCCGUUCCUGCCCCACUAACGUCUGCUGAAACAAAGAGCCACUUCCGUUCCCAGAUAUGGACCAAUCAAAGCGUAGCCCUGUUUUCCAACUAUGGGUAAACUCUUGUUUACCCAGGACUAGAUAGUGGACUAAAAAGGUUAUGUGUUGUGUUGAUGUCUGAAGCGUUUGGUAUUAGGGCGUUAAAACCGUAUCAAACAAAAGCCAUGGUUCAAUUUUUGCAGAAGAAGAUUGAUGUGUUUUGAAAUCUUUUAACUGGAUGUGUAAGGUCACCUGUUUAUUAAUUUGGUUUUGACUCAGUUAUUGAAGCUUCUGGCCAUGUUGUGGUUGUGGUUUUGCCACUUGUAACAAAACAAAACAAAACAAUCAAGAAUGUUUCAUCUGAUUUUCAUAUUCCUUGAAGGUGGUCAGAUAAAACUCAUCAUCUAUUCCUCUUCCUUUCAACCCAUUUAUUGACAUGCCAGAUACGAAUAAAAUCAUUUUUUGACUUUUGUCUGGGGCCCAGAAAAGAAAGGUCAUUGUUUACAGUAAUGGAGUUGUUACUAGGUAGGGCUCCACUGCACUAAGGCUGCAUUUAUGGUAGAUGAGAUUCUUUUGGAUUCAUUAAAGCCAUUAACUCAACAUGCCUGCAGACACAUGAAUCUGAAAUUAAAAUGUCCUAAUUUGGUUGCAUGUCUAGAGGUUUUGAAUCUAGAAUCUAAAGUACAUACUUUGUAUCCAAAUCAGUCUUAUCAGUUUUGUUGAUGUGUGUAAAUGUUACAGGUCAAAAUUAUAUUGAGGUUAAAAUUUUUAAACCUAGGUUGAUUCUCAACUUCCUUUUCAUGAAUUAGGGCUAGGAGACAAAGAAAAAAUUAAUAGAGAAUCAACCUAGGUUAAAGGAUUUUAACCUGAAUUUUAGUUUUGACCUGUGAUGCUUGGAAAUUGGAUAGCCUAAGUGUGAUAAAUCCAGAAACAUUUUAUGAAUCCAGAAAAACCUCCUUUGAUGUAAACAUAAUGCCUUGAAUAAACUGUAUUGAGUUACAUGUAAAUUGUGCUGUGUUUUAUCCACAAAUAUAUGACUUUUCUUUGUUCAGCGAUCCAACAGUGCUAGAUGAGCUGGAUCUGGAUGAGAAAACUAAAUCAACUCUGUUAACUAAUAUCAAGAGAAGGCUAACUCCUCAAGCUGUCAAGGUCCGUGCUGAUGUGGAAGUGUCAUGUUAUGCUUAUGAUGGUAUUGAUGCUGUGAAGAAUUCCUUACUUGAGGGACUGAAAUGCUCCUCAGAAGAUGUUCCUAUUAAGGUUUGUUAUGCCUAAUAAUAAUUCAUAGUAUCCUCAUGGUAUUUUCACAGUAUGUCAAAUUGGCUUCUGUUGAAGACUAUAGUUGUGUCACCUCUUUUUAUCUUGAUUCAUGGUUUUCUUUCACACACCUCCACAUUUUUCAGGGCCCAGUUGCUCGAAGCAUGGUUAGCGUUAACCAGCGUUUAAUACCUUGACAGCGUAUUGGUUUUGAUACUGCUUAACCAAUGGUUAAAGCUAACCAUGCUUUGAGCAACUCAGCCCAGAUUUUUUUUAAUAAUUUAAGUCUAUUUUCUUGUUAUGUGAAAGAAAUGAAACUCAGAACUUUAAACUUGAAGCUUCAAAUUUAUUCCUUUUUUGUAGUGAAACCAGUAAAGUAGUUAUUCUUCACAAUGGUGUCAUUUUGCGUCAAUUUCAAGCUAGUUAGUAGACUUGACUUAAAAUCUAGUUUACAGUAGUUUGGAAUUUUAGUUAAACUUUUGCAGGCCAAAUGAGGGAUUUGCCAUUAACCCAAAGUACAUAUACAUUAAGUUAAACUCACAAAACCUAAAGGUUUUAUCAGUGUAUAUUCACACAGCAGGCUAAAACUUUAAUGUACCAAAUCAUUUCCCUUUCCUCUUUCAGAUAAAUUUGAUAGCAGCUCCAUUGUAUGUAAUAACCACGACCACCUUGGAUAGAGAUGAUGGCCUCAAAGGUUUGACUUUAGCUGUGGAAGCCAUCAAAACUACCAUCAAGAAAUAUGGUGGAGACUUCAAUGAAAAAGUCGCAGUAAGUAAUUCCUCCCAAUAACAUCUUUGAGUCAAAACCAACUGGCCCUGAACCAGUGGAAAGGCAUAGCUGCUACUGAUUUACAUGUAUGAGAGAGUUUGGCUCUUUUUUUGCUAUACAUUGAAACCAGUAAAUUUAAGAAUAAUUUACUGUAGAGGAAUGAGUAUCUUUGUGCUCAAUAUCCCUUCAAGUGAUGAAUAUCAAAAAAUGCUGCUUUCUUGUAACUCGAAACACGAAACUUGAGUUUCGAGACUUGAGAAUAAGACUUGAUUUUGCAUCUAGUGGAAACUCAAAUGAUUUUGAGACAUGAGAAUCGAGUUUUGAGGUGGAACGGGUUAAUACUGUCAACUUACUUUUGGGUGUUGCUGUAUUUUUAAACCAGCUGACUUGACUUACUGUGUGUGGAUGUCCUGAAGCAUACCAAUGGCAAUCCUGUUUGAGUUUCGAAAUGCACAAGUUGCAUCAGCUUGACAUUUGUGCAAUCGGGGAGGCAGUACAACGCAGUAUUUAGAGCUCUGAAGGCAAAAUAUGCAACCACAGGUUUCUUAGCUUCUCUGGCCAUGAGCUAGGCAUGACAACCCUAGUAAUAGUAAGUUGAGCUACAUGGCUAAUAUGCUAAUGCCUCAUAAAGAGUCAGCUGCAGGAUUGUCAACUGGGGUCUUCAAUCAUGUUAUGUUUGAUUUCAGUUAUGAGUUUAUGAUUAAACUAGGCAUAAUUAUUUCUUUUGCCGUAGUAAUGAAUUUAACAUUUUUUUUCCUGUUUUAGCCUAAAGUGGUGACAGAAAGUGAUGAAGUUGAGCUUGCCAAACAAAUGGAAAGACUUGAAAGGGAAAAUGCUGAAGUAGAUGGUGAUGAUGACAACCCUGAUGAAGAGGAAAUAUCAGAAGAAAUUUAAUGCAUUUGUCCUCUCCCACAAAACUCCAUACAGUGUGUAAUUGGCUGACUUCUUAUAAUAGUGUGGUGUAUUGAGCUAUGCAUCUACCACCUUUGUAAUUCAGCUAUCAUUUGUUUUGAAAUGUUGCAUAAAUGACACAUACUAUAAAGUAUCCAAGAGAUUCCAAAACAGAAGCAUUUGACCUUCAAAUUAAAAAAAUACUUGAAAAACUGGGGAAAAUGUUUGUGUUCCUUACAUAUCACAGAAGUUUCUGCAAUGCGGCAAAAUUGUUGUAGAACAGUGUGUGACAUAUUGUAUGAUGUGGAGUAUCGUAUAACCAUCUGCAAGGAGACAGACUUGUCUAGAGUACUCGCAUUUUAGAUCUCUCUGUGCUCAAAUUUUUGCCAUUUUAUUGCCAAACAUACAAAAAUUAUGAUUGAAAUAGUG